AUGUCAUUCUGGGACAAGUUGACAGGGCGAAAGCCAUCAAAGGAUGCUUCUAGUGGCGGAUCAACAACCUCAAAUACACCAACAGACACAUUCACACCUACACCUUUUAACCCACAAGAAGGGCAAGAUGUCAGCUCUUUUCUCACAGGGCCAGAACUCGUAGAUCCUUCACAACUCCAUCCUAUGGCAGGUCUGAAUCAGCAGACUUUAGAUUACCUAUCUCUCGAAGAAUCCACCCUCUCGGACCUUCCAGGGUCGCAGUCUGCUUUACCCUCUAGAGGCUGGUCAGACGAUUUGUGUUAUGGUACCGGUGUGACGUAUUUGACGGCGCUAACUGUGGGUGGUGCUUGGGGAUUACAGGAGGGCUUGAGGAGGUCUGCGACACAACCGCCUAAGUUGCGAUUGAACUCGGUGCUGAACGCUGUUACGAGACGCGGGCCAUUCUUGGGAAAUUCCGCAGGAGUGAUUGCUAUGGUUUACAAUGGGUUCAAUUCUUUUAUUGGGCAUAUGAGGGGUAGACAUGACUCUGCGAACAGUGUUUUAGCAGGUGCUCUGAGUGGGAUGAUCUUCAAAAGUACAAGAGGAGUUCGACCUAUGAUGAUUUCCGGUGGAAUUGUGGCUUCCGUAGCCGGCGCAUGGGCAGUUGCAAGAAAAGCCGUAUUUUAAAUGACCAAAUAACGACAAAACUCCUCUUCCAUGACGAAACUCCGACCUUAUGAUUUCAAGAUCCGCACACCAGCGAAUAUCCUCCAUUACUCUAAACAGAACCAGCUUUCUUUAGCGUAUUAGCACAUAUUGUUUCGUGCUUUGUCAUUAUAAUAGAUUUUGUUAAUUGGCG